AUGCUCGCCGCUACCCUCUUCAGCGUCCUCUCGGCUGUUGCCGCCGCGACCCCCACUCUCCUUACCCGUGCGCCGUUCCCUGUCGAUGCCAUCCCCGAUGUGUGCUCGACCCCUUGCGAGACGUACAAGAGCGUUUUCAGCCCCGACGCGUCGGCGGACGCGCGCGCGACCGCGUGCCAGGGCGGCGUCUUCGAGCAGUUCAACAUCUGCAUGAACUGCACCUCGAUCGAGGGCGUGCCGAACGGCAUGACCUCGGAGCAGGUCCAGCUCCUCUCACUCGCUGUUCAGCAGAUGGGCCAGGAGUGCAUCGAGUCCCACUACACUUCGCAGUACGCCGGCGAGAUCCCCGCCCCGACCUCGCUCCCCAAGUCUUCCAGCGCUGGCUCGGCUGGUGCCUCGCUCUCGGCUGCUCUCGUUGCCGUUGGCGCGCUUGCUCUUCUGGCCUAG